UCCCCUAAAACUUCUCCCAUCCGCUACACUUUUACCAACUUUGUUCCCCCCUACUUUUCGCUCAAACCCUUAGAUAUUCAUCUUCUUUUGAUCUCUUUCCUCCUCAGUUCCUCUCUUGGGGAGGAUCCAUUGAGGAAAAGAAAGCAAGAGUACUCUCUCUCUCUCUCUCUCAACCAUGGCUUUCCCUUUACUUUUCCUUCUCUUUCUCUCCAUCCCAUUAUCAGAAUCCAAGCUCUCCAUCGACUACUACAAGAAAACUUGCCCGGAUUUCGACAAAAUCAUGAGCGAAGUCGUGAGAAGCAAGCAAAUAGCCAACCCCACCACGGCCGCCGGCACCCUCCGUCUCUUCUUCCACGACUGCAUGGUUGAGGGCUGCGACGCCUCCGUCCUCAUCUCCACCAAUUCCUUCAACAAGGCCGAGCGCGAGGCUGACAUCAACUUCUCCCUCGCAGGCGAUGCCUUUGACCUCAUUGUCCGUGCCAAGACUGCACUCGAGCUCACUUGCCCUGGCAUUGUCUCCUGCUCUGACAUCCUGGCUCAAGCUACACGUAACCUUAUCAACAUGGUCGGCGGUCCGUACUACAAUGUCCGGUUGGGUCGAAAGGAUAGCCUCGUGUCUCUAGCUUCGCGUGUCGAUGGACAGAUUCCGAGAUCUGACAUGUCCUCGAGCCAAAUGAUCAGCGUUUUCGCCGCAAAGGGCUUUACAAUACAAGAAAUGGUCGCCCUAAAUGGAGCACACACCGUUGGAUUCUCUCCAUGCAAGGAAUUCAGCGACAGGAUUUUCCAUUACAGCAAGAAAUCACCCUCUGACCCAGCAAUGUAUCCCAAGUUUGCAGAGGCACUGAGGAAAAUUUGUGCAAACUACACCAAAGACCCGACAAUGUCGGCUUUCAACGACGUGAUGACUCCUGGAAAAUUCGACAACAUGUACUUCCAGAAUCUUCAGAAGGGAUUGGGGCUGUUGGCUUCGGACCAAGCACUCGUUACGGACCCUAGGACGAAGCCAUUUGUAGACUUGUACGCUUCGAACCAGGCCAAGUUUUUCCAGGAUUUUGCGCAUGCAAUGGAGAAGCUGAGCGUUUAUGGAAUCAAAACUGGUCAUAAAGGAGAGGUGAGGCGCAGGUGCGACGCCUUCAAUAAGCUUAAAGCAUAGAAAGAUUGAGAGAGAGAAUUUUCUGGGUUUGUUGUACUAAUGUUUGAUCUUUUUCUGCUUUCAAGAGAAACCCGACGUACGGUACUUAUUCAUAUGAUAAA